AUGUCCGACUCUCGCGCCACCCGCAACGCGGACUCCCUCAACAACGCCGCCGGCGAGUUCAACCCACACGCGCCCCGCAGCGACCCCAUGACCACCCACGGCCACAAACCCGGCGUACAAGCCUCGCCCAACGACCACGCCCCCGAAUUCUCCGCCAAGACCGCCCCUCCAGGCACCGCCCCCAAGCAGGACACAUACACGCCCCAACCGGGCGAGAACGACUCGAUCCCCGGGCAAGCCGACAACGCCUCGGCCGUCAACCGCACGGGCGCCCUCGACAUGCCGGGCUCCACCAGCGCGGACGUGCACACGGGGCUCGGGCACCCGGGCUCCGGACAGACGUCCACGGAGCUGAAGCACGGGGGCCAGCACACGGCCAGCAGAGACGGCGCGGGCCUGGAGGGCGUGGGCAGCGGGCCCCGCGGUGUGGACCGGGAGUUUGCCAAGUUGGGCGAGGAGAGGUCGUUUGGCGAGCAUGGUCCCGCGGCGGCGCGGGAGAAUAAUGCGAGCCUGCCCGGCGCGGAGGAGGUGCCGAAUGUGGGGGCGGAGCAGGUGGCGAGUGAGCGGCGAUAG